GGUCCACUGGCUUGUUCUACCGAUUGGUAUCUCAGUGGAUCAUCUUGCUACAAAGAAAAUAAAAAAAAUCAAAAUACAUGGGUAGGUGCUCAAGAGGCAUGUUCUGACUUCGGAGGAGGUCUGGUGAAGAUAGAUAAUUACGAUCAGCGCCGAUUUUUGAUUCGUUUCCUGGAAGCUUCUGGUGUAAAGAAAGAGGAAAUAAAUGUAAGUACGAGUUAUUUAAUGCAGGCGUCACCAGGUAUUAAAAUCAAACGUAAAGACAUACUUACUCAUAUCUUCUUCUUGUGUAAAGAAUAGAGAGAAGUCACUACGUCACGUUGCUACGGAAGCAAAAUUUCUGAAUCUCAACAAAUCUUGUGUCAGUGCAAAUAUGGCAAUUUUUACUUGCUGAGUUGUUUGAAUAUUCUCCUAUGCAUGAUUGUUCUGAUCUCAGAAACAAAACAGUUAGUAGCCCAUUCGCCACUUUAGAAAAUACCAUAAUGAUCCUUCCCCUCCCCAAAGCGCCCCCCCCCCAAAUUUUGCAUAACCAUUGUUUUCAGUUUCUCUUGGGUCUUAGAAUCGUUCCAAAAGAAACUGAAACUACCCUGGCUAUACAAAAUGUUUUUUUGCAGGACAAAAAGAUUAUUACGGUAUUUUCUAAAGUGGCCAAUACUUUUCUUCCAUAAGAUUGUUGAGAUCCAGGAAUUUUGCAACCAUGAUAAGGUGACGUCACACUUCUCUCUAUUGUGAAAUGAUUAGUAAUAGUCCACCGUCUGUCAAUCUAGGCUUACUAAGAAAGACGUAAAAAAAGCACUACCGUUUUUUUAAAGGUGGGUGGCAGUGAUUUGCAGCAUUUUUCGAAUAAUGCGAUAAUAACAAACGCCCCAUGAUUAGUGACGAGGCUAUAAAAACGUUUUGACAAGUUUUCAUGUUUUAAAGCACCCUUAAUGAUAGCCUUAAGGUGGCUCGACCUGAAUGAUUAUCUUGGUACAGUAUUCGAUGAUGUUGUUAGCCUGCGCGGGAGCUGCAGAAACAAUUUCCUCCCACGGUCCCCACGGGAAAAGCUUCAACUUGUUACAAUUCUCUCCCUGCAUGUGAAAAUUCUCUCCUUGCAAGAAAGCAAUGUGCAAUUUGUAAAUCGCAAGUAAAAUUGACACAUUCACUUGGAUAGUAACAAAAGCUUUAUAUGCAAUGUCCGACAGAAAUAAAACUGAUUUUAAUUUGCUUUGCAAGUUUUAAGAGACAGAAAAUUACUGUUUAUAAAUAAAAGUAUUUAAAACCCUCAGUAAUUUAUCUACUUCUCACUUAGGGCAAAGUUAAUGACUCCAAACUAAUGCCAAUCAUUUCUUAUUUCAAAAGGUUAACUUGCCCAUCCAUCCCCGGCUUAAAAACGCGCAGCCGGCAGACCUGAAUGAACCCCCAUUUAAUAUGGGGGUCUUGUUUGUACUUAACUACAUUUGUUAAGAACUCUCUAAAUGAUGAACUAAGAACUUCUCCGACCCUUAAAAAAUUUGUAACACGCAUCAGAAAGAUCACCUUUGACGCAUGUAACUGCUCUUUAUGCAACUGUUAGGCUAUCGUUUAUAUUGUACCUUUUAGACUCAUUAUUUGUAAACAAUAUCGCAUCAUGAUGUAAAUAGUUUAAUUCAGUUAAUUUCUUCUUGUUUGUUUUUAACCUCGACUCAUUAGCUAUUUAAGCUAGGAGCCUAAUAAGCUCCAGACCCUCUAGUAUAAAUAAAGUUUUCAGUUUUCAGUUUCAGUUCAGUUAAUGUCUUGUCUGUGUCCAUUUUUAAGUACGUGUGGGUUGACAACACCGGAAACUCAUCAAAAUGUAGACGAAUGAAGACACACACUGGAACGAUUGAAGAGCCCGACAACUGUGACGGUCUCUAUAUGCACUAUGUUUGUGAAAGGCCAGCCGCCUCAACUAUAAGUAAAUACAAAUUUUAUAUGAUCCAAUUCUACUAAAGGUUUAGUUAAUGCCCGGGGGGACUGAUGCUUCCCCAUAUAAAAAGACGGGGAUACUUGACGCCUUGUUUAGGGGUACGGGUAAAUUGCGGAUCAGUUUAGUGUCAUUACUCGGGUUAAGGACUGAAAGCCAUAUUUGGACCCACACAAGUAUCUUUAAGGGCUUUGCGCAAAGAAAUGACCGAUAAAAAAGAAGAAAAGAAGACACAGUUAAUAGGCACAAUUCAAACGUCGAACUUUUCAUUUACCGAACUUGAUACCUGUUAAAUGAUAUAAGUUCAACGGUUGUUUCGGACGUCGAACUUAAUUUAAUAGCCAAAGUAUUUUACAGACAUUCUCUUACCCUGGGAACGAGGUUGUAAGGGAGUCAUAGUUUUAGUCUUAGUAUUCAAAUCUGGUGACUGACCAGCUCUUUAAUUUUCCCAACUUCGCUCUCAUUUGGAAUGAGCUGAAGAUUUUUAAUUCCUACAGACCAUUGAGCUUGAAAAGCCGGCGAAAUGACGCAGACAAUAACGGUAAUUAGAAAUUAGAAAUUAAAACCCGCGUACAGAGUAAACGUGUACCGUGGUCACAGCCAAAGGAAAGGUUUCAAAACACUAAUUAUCUCCCUUUUUUUUCCCAUCACUUGGAGAAAAUGGCUCAAUUUCUUUUUCCUGGCUGGCUAAUUAUCAGUUAUUUUUUGCUGUGAAAAAAGGAAGGAAUAGACGUUCCUGGCUGGGAAAAUGACUUUUUGGUAAAAAUGCUAGCUGGGAAAAGCCCUUAAGGAAAAGAUCCUGGCUGGAUAUUUAUUUUAACAUCUACCUCUAGCUGGCUUUGGGAAGCAGAUAUAAUUUUCCCACAGAAGUUAAUAAUCAACCAAAAAAGACUUAGUCACUGUCAAAAUAUUACUGGAGGCGAUAUCAAAUCACUUUCGAAUUUUUUCUCGUUGAGUACUCCUGAGGUUAACGCAGCGGAAUUGUAAACUGUACAAUGCCGUCAGCAGGAGUCUUCACGACGGUUUUGCGAGACAUCUAAGGUUCAUGAGUUAAAGUACGGCUUUUACCGUCAAAGCAUGUCAAAACCAUGCUUGUUUUCCUCGAAUUUAUUUUUCAGUUCCUCAUAAAUAAAGCUCUACCAGCGUCCACCGGAGAAUUUUAUGGGCAAAAAUGUUAAAGACAAUUAAUUUUAAUUAAUUUAAAAUUAGCUGUCGUACUUGCGCAAUAUAACGCCUUGACCUUGCAUGUCGAAGGUUCGGGGCUUGACUCCAGCUAGAGAAAUUUUUUUUUUGGUCGUUUUGUUUGGUUUUGUUUUUUUCUUAAAACAUAUUUUCAUUUUUUGACAGACUUAAAAUACACCGCUAGACUAAUUGCAAGUUCAUUAUCAACUUUUAUACCUAAAAUAAUUAAUCCACGAGUUAGCCAUAGGAAUGGCUAACUAAAUUUAUUAAAGAUAGGGAUUACUUUGGCCGCCUUCCACUUGCUUGGGAAAAUCCCAGUCUCUAUCUGUUCUUAAUGCUUGAUAAUGAAGGCCAAACAAUACCACUGGCCACUUUAGGUUACUUAGACUUUCCUUUCGUUUACAAAUAUUUCACUAGGGGCUAGGGAAACGAGACGAAGAUAACACAACUGUUUGAAAUUUAUUUUUGGUAUCCCCCUUGCCAGGUCAGGGCUGAUAGUUGUGAAAACAAUUGUUGAUAGGAUCAACUAGUUCGUUUGCAGAAAUAAUUUUCGAUGUUUCGAUUUUUUCCUUAUUUGCGCGAUGUUACCCCAUCUUUUGUGCGCGUUUCCUUUGUUCAUUUCCAGAUUAUCUCUGAAAUACUGCCGCUUACCUACUUUAACGGCAUUAUUUGUCUCAUACCUUUUUCUUUCGCUAAGCGGAGUGACCUUGUCAGAUAUUCUGUAUCUAAAACACCCACGUGAUAAGGAGACUACCCUCUCAGUUAUCCUGCAUUUUUCCACAGGCAGUAUUUGUUAUCAGAACCCAAACAAUGAUUCAUCGGUUCCCAUCAAAGUCAACUGCUCAUUCCCAGAAAACCUUUGUUUCAAAUUUGACAAGAAAACGGAGGAUAACCAACAAGUCACCAUUCAAGGAUGUAUAUCCGCUGAUCAAUGCAGACAGUUUGAUGACCAACAUUUGCAAUGUUGUGAGGGAGAUCUUUGCAAUAAUAGUAAGUGUCAUGGUUAUACAAACGCAAAAAUUUAUUAA